AUGUCCUGCUACAACCAGUGCCAGCCCUGCCUGCCGUGUCAGCCCUGCUGCCCGACCCCGCUGGCCAACAGCUGCAACGAGCCCUGUGUCAGGCAGUGCCAGAACUCCACCGUCGUCAUCGAGCCCUCCCCUGUGGUGGUCACCCUGCCCGGACCCAUCCUCAGCUCCUUCCCACAGAACACCGUUGUGGGAUCCUCCACCUCCGCUGCUGUUGGCAGCAUCCUCAGCUGUCAGGGAGUGCCCAUCAACUCCGGGUGCUGUGACCUCUCCUGCUUCGGCAGCCGCUACUGCGCCAGACCAUGCCUCCCCUGCUAA